AUGUGCGAGCCCGAUGAUGAUAAUAACGCCAGAAACGGCGUCACACCUCCACCGUCAAGGUCAAGGGAGAUUCUGAUGGAUGUAGACGACUUGGAACUCGACGGUUCGUGGCCUCUGGAUCAAAUCACUUACUUAUCCUCGUCUAAUCGCAUGAUAUCCUCUUCCUCCGAGCAGCCUUGCUCUCCUCUCUGGGCGUUCUCUGACGGUGGAGUGACCGGUAACAACGCAAUUACAGGUGGAUACGACGGUGAGAAGAUUAGCUGCGGAGCCUCCGGUGUUUCUUCUUUCCGUCUCGCGGAUUAUCCUCUCUUCCUCCCUUAUUCUUCUCCAUCAGUAGCUGAAACCACAACAGAAAAACAUAGCAAUUUCAACUUUCCUUCUCCGUUGAUGAGCUUAGUCCCGUCAGAGAACACAGACCACUACUGUGUGAUCAAAGAGAGGAUGACUCAGGCGCUUCGUUACUUCAAAGAAUCAACCGAACAGCACGUCUUGGCUCAGGUCUGGGCUCCUGUGAGAAAGAAUGGUCGUGAUUUUCUGACGACUUUGGGUCAACCUUUUAUUCUUAAUCCUAACGGUAACAGCCUUAAUCAAUACAGGAUGAUCUCUCUCACCUAUAUGUUUUCUGUGGAUAGUGAUUGUGACGUUGACCUCGGGCUUCCGGGUCGGGUUUUCCGUCAGAAGUUGCCUGAAUGGACACCAAAUGUUCAGUACUAUUCCAGCAAAGAGUUCUCGAGGCUUGACCACGCUUUGCAUUAUAACGUUCGUGGUACACUGGCAUUGCCUGUGUUUAAUCUCUCGGGUGAUUCAUGCAUUGGUGUUGUGGAACUUAUCAUGACCUCGGAGAAGAUUCACUAUGCACCUGAAGUGGAUAGAGUUUGCAAAGCUCUUGAGGCGGUAAAUCUGAAAAGUUCGGAAAUACUUGAUCACCAAACAACUCAGAUAUGCAAUGAGAGUCGCCAAAACGCACUUGCGGAGAUUCUGGAAGUGUUAACAGUUGUAUGCGAGACCCAUAACUUGCCUCUGGCUCAGACUUGGGUUCCAUGCCAGCAUGGAAGCGUUCUCGCCAAUGGUGGCGGUCUAAAGAAAAACUGCACCAGUUUUGACGGUAGCUGCAUGGGCCAAGUCUGCAUGUCCACAACCCACAUGGCCUGCUAUGUCGUGGACGCUCAUGUCUGGGGCUUUAGAGACGCCUGCCUUGAACACCAUCUCCAGAAAGGACAGGGAGUUGCUGGACGAGCUUUUCUCAACGGUGGCUCGUGUUUCUGUAGAGACAUCACCAGGUUCUGUAAAACGCAGUAUCCGCUGGUCCAUUAUGCGCUGAUGUUCAAGUUAACCAGUUGUUUUGCAAUUUCUCUCCAGAGUUCUUACACAGGAGACGACAGUUACAUUCUUGAGUUCUUUCUCCCCUCGAGUAUAACAGACGACCAAGAGCAAGAUUCUCUGCUGGGAUCUCUUUUGGUGACAAUGAAAGAACAUUUUCAGAGCCUGAGGGUUGCAUCUGGUGUUGACUUUGGUGAAGAUGACGAUAAAUUGUCUUUUGAAAUCAUCCAAGCGUUACCGGACAAGAAGAUUCAUUCAACAAUAGAAUCCAUUCGAGUUCCCUUUUCUGGUUUCAAUUCAGACGCGACAGAGAGGCUGUUGAUUCCUCAGACUUCUAAUCCAGUGAACGGGAAAGUCAACGUGGCCACUGUAAAUGGUGUGGUUAAGGAGAAGAAGAAAACAGAGAAGAAGCGUGGGAAGACUGAGAAAACAAUCAGUCUUGAUGUACUUCAGCAAUAUUUCACUGGGAGUCUCAAAGAUGCUGCAAAGAGCCUAGGAGUAUGUCCGACGACAAUGAAGCGAAUUUGCAGACAACACGGCAUCUCGCGGUGGCCAUCAAGAAAGAUCAAGAAAGUGAAUCGCUCAAUCACAAAGCUGAAACGUGUCAUAGAAUCUGUUCAAUGUACUGAUGGAGGCCUCGACCUAACUUCCAUGGCCGUUAGUUCCAUCCCUUGGAGAAACGGCCACACAGCAGCACAGCCACUAAACUCUCCGAACGGUUCCAACCCGCCAGAGCUACCAAACACCAAUCAUUCACCUAACCACUGGUCAAGUGAUCACAGUCCUCAGGAGCCAAAUGGUUCACCUGAGUUACCAAGCAAUGGUCACAAGCGGGAUGAGAGCGCUGGGACACCGACCUCUCACGGCUCAUGUGACGGUAACCAAUUAGACGAAAUAAAGGUCCCGAACCAAGAUCCGCUAUUCACGGUCGGUGCAUCUCAUGGACACUGUUUUCCUCCUUACUCUAGAGAUCAUGAUGUAUCUGCAGCAUCAUUUGCAAUGCCAAACAGACUUCUUGGUACUAUAGACGCUGGAAGCUCAAAAGAUCUUAGAAACCUCUGCUCAUCUAAACCAUUCGACGAUAAGUUUCCAGAACCAAACUGGAUGAACAAUGAUAAUAACAGCAACAGCAUGUAUGCUCCUGCAAAGGAAGAGGCCGUUGCGAAUACUACAUGUGAACCAUCAGGGUCAGAAAUGAGAACGGUAACGAUUAAAGCAAGUUAUAAAGAAAACAUAAUACGGUUCAGGAUAUCAUCUGGUUCGGGUAUAAUAGAGUUGAAGGACGAAGUGGCGAAGAGGCUGAAACUUGACGCAGGUACGUUUGAUAUCAAGUAUAUGGACGAUGAUAACGAGUGGGUUUUGAUAGCUUGUGAUGUUGAUCUUCAAGAUUGUCUAGAGAUCCCUAGAUCUUCUGGUAGUAAUAUAGUAAGGCUCCUGGUGCAUGAUGUAACAACGAACCUCGGUAGCUCUUGUGAGAGCACCGGAGAAUUGUGACUCUUUUGUAAAUAGUUUUUUUUUUGGGAAUAUUGUUACUGUUUAGGAGUUGUUUGUUUUUGUUCUUGGGUUUGGGUUGAGGAAGAAGCAAAGAAUGUUUAUGGGGGAACAAAGGUGUAAGAAAAAACAUUUGUUUGUAACUCUAAGUGGGAGAGUGAGGUUAGGAGUAAAUUGUAGUUGAAAACUAACUCCAACCAUGUUUUGUAUUGUUAUUUUGAAAUUGUAAACAUGAAUCACGGAA